AUGGAAAAAUUUGAAAAAAUAUCAUACCAUGAAAACAGCAUGUAUCACAGAGAAGCAAAUACUACAUGGCUACUUCGAGAAAACUCAUUAAAUUCCAUAAAUCAACAAAUCUAUAAACAAAUAUCUACUGAAACUCAAUAUUGGAUUGAGGUUUUAAAACGCGUUGUAGCAGUCAUUAAAUAUUUAUCAUCACAUGGUUUACCAUUUAGAGGAGACAAUGAAGUAUUUGGAGAAAAAUAUUAUGGAAAUUUCUUAGGACUUCUAGAACUAAUUUCUGAGUUUGAUCCAUUUUUGAAAACCCAUAUUGAAUUACAUGGUAAUAAAGGGAGAGGUCAUCCAUCAUAUCUAUCUAAAACAAUUUUGAACGAAUUAAUAAUUCUGAUAAAGAGACGUGUUAUUAAUUAUAUUGAAAAUGAAACAGAGAAAGUAAAUAUUUUUCAUUUAUUUUGGACUCAACUCCGGAUUUGUCUAAGGCAGAUCAAAUGGCAAUAG